UUUUAGUGUUUGUGGUGGAAAAGUGUUUCUGUCUUGUAAUAAGUUUAAAAGCUUGUAAAGUUAAUUGGUUUUUGCCGGUUUUUAUGUGCGUCUACGAAGUCGUUUUUGUGUUUUCCACAUGCAAAGCAUUGUGCGCAAUUUAACAUGGAAAAGACAGAAGAAGAACGACGUCAAUUAGUUGCGCGCAGAGGCACGAAAAAAGGUACUCUAACAAGAUUGAAAAACAAAAUGGAAGAAUCGUAUAUAAACGAUAUAGAAAUGCUAAAACUGAUGGUAGAGAGGGCCCAGACGGCAUUCCACGAUUAUGAAGAUCUGUGCGAGAAAAUAGGUGAUGAGGAGGAUCCCAUUGCUGUCGAAACGACUUUUUAUGAAUGCGUCGCAGCAAUGCGGCAGCGAAUUGCGGAUUUAUCGGCACCUGUACCCACCCCUGCCGUUUUGCCGGCAGUGACGUCGCAAGUGUCGUCGAAAAUAAAGUUACCGAACAUACAAAUACCAUCAUUCAAUGGCAAGUAUACAGAAUACAGACCUUUCAUAGAAAUGUUUACUGCCCUUGUGCAUAACAAUGAAGGGUUCGACAAUAUACAAAAGUUUUUUUACCUGAGAAGCUUCCUAAAAGCUGAGGCAUUUGAUUUAAUCAAAAACUUACCUGUCAUCGGUCAAAGUUAUUCCGAAGCUCUCAAAAUUUUAGCUGAUAGGUACGAUAAUAAAUAUAAAAUCAUCAAUGAGCACAUAAAUGCUUUGUUUGAGUUGCCAAUGCUAACUAAGUCAAGUCCUAGUGCUUUACGCUCAUUGAUUUCAAUAACAAAACAGCAUUUAGCUGCAUUAAAAAACCUUGAUGAGGCCAUUGAAAAAUGGGACAGCAUUCUCAUUUGCCUAUUAAAUAAAAAACUAGACCCAGUUACUAACCGAGAGUAUCAUUUGCAUAGGGAUUCCUCAAAACAGCCAACCUUUAAUGAUUUUUUGAAAUUUGUAGAAGGUCGGGCCCUUGCCCUAGAGAACAGUGAGGGACGGGGUGAUACAGCAAGCUGUGCUGCUGGCAAGGUAGCUCCAGUGAAGAUGGCAUCAUCAUCAUUUGUCACUACCAAAGCAUCCCAAGGCUGUCUGUACUGUGUGCCUGUUGUCGCAGCCUGAGGAGCUGCGCGAUCCUGAUGCCGCAC